CGUCAUACGUCGAGGUCCCAGGUCGCGUCUCGUGACGUGAGCGCAGCAUAAAGUCUGUCUCGAGCGGCUUGUUUGUUUUCGUGGCUUAUUGUGGGCAUUUCUCUCUCUCGCUCUCUCUCUCUCCGUCGCUCGAAAGAUGAACAGCGUGGGCGAGGCUUGCACGGAGCUCAAGCGGGAGUACGAUCAAUGUUUCAACCGAUGGUUCGCCGACAAGUUCCUGAAGGGAGAGCGAGGCGCCGAGCCGUGUGCGGACAGCUUCCGGCUGUACCAGCGCUGCGUGCAGAAGGCCAUCAAAGACAAGGACAUCCCCGUGGACGGCCUGGACUUCAUGGGUCCAAACAAGGACAAGCCCGAUGGCUGAAAAAGAGACGAGCCCCCCUCCCAAUAACAACACUGCGGCUUCCUAUCGGCGGUCGGACCUGAUCAGAUGGCGGCGGCGGCGGCGGCGGCACACUUGCUCUUGUUUUUCUGUCCUCACAACGACGCCGCUGGCGACAGACAGAAAAGUCACAGUUCGGGACUAGACGAACAUUGUGGGAUGGACCUUGGGUUUUAUGCCGAAUGCUCGCCAAAUGGCAAAAUCUCUUCAAAGUGUUGCAUUUUGGGGGGGGGGGGGGGGGGGGGAGC